AUGUCGAAGUUGGGUAAAAUAAAGGCUGCGAUGGAUGAGGAAAGCUUCCCUCGUGGAGGCGGCUUUGGCAUGGACCCCAUCGAACAGAAGAAGCUGAAGCGGGAUGCAUUUGCUGAGGCUGAGCUGGAGCUGGCAGGCCAGAAAUCCAAGAAGUCAAGGCCCACCAAGGAGGCUCAUGAGAACGAGGAUGCAUUCUUUGAGACGCUGUCAGCAGCGGAGAACCUCCCAAAGUACGCCGAGCUCCUCAAGUUCAAGAUCCUGGGCGUCGGCGCACGCGUCUGGGGAGCGAUCAUCGAGGUGUCUGAGCGCGAGCUCGUGGUCUCCAUGCCCCACGGCUUGCGAGGCCACGUGCCGGCGGCGGCCGCGGGCGAGCCAGGCGUGGGCGUCGACCUGCUGGCAGCCUUCAACAUCGGGCAGCUGGUCCGGGCCCAGAUCACGCAGCUGACGGGAGCAGAGGCUGGCGAGGAUGGCGCCGUGCCCCCCGAAGACGGGAAGAAACGGAGGAAGAAGGUCUACCUGACCCUGGCACCCUCGGCCGUGAAUGCAGGACUGGACCUAGGCGCACUCGUGCCGGGAUUCUGCCUCUCUGCCAGCGUGCAGAGCAUGGAGGAUCAUGGUGCCGUGCUUUCCUUUGGCAUCAAGGGCACCACGGGGUUCCUCCCCGCCGCGGCGUUCCCCGAGCGACCCCUGAUCCCUGGGGCUCUGCUGGACGUGGUUGUCACCUCCAAGAAAGCGGGAGGCCGCAUCACCGUGGACGCCGGAUCCGAGGCCGUCGCGGCCGCCAAGACCGAGGAGUGGAUCGGCAUGCACAUCGGCGCCCUGCUCCCCGGCUCACUGGUGGCCGCCACAGUGAGGGACGUGCUGUCAGACGGCGUGGUGCUCUCCUUCCUCACCUUCUUCUCCGGCACGGUGGACCCCUUCCACCUGAACGAGCCGGGUUCUCAGGCCCUGAACUCAGUGAGCUUAUCCCCCGCUUCCCCCCCACGAUACCGCCGCGCAGACCUAGGCGCACUCGUGCCGGGAUUCUGCCUCUCUGCCAGCGUGCAGAGCAUGGAGGAUCAUGGUGCCGUGCUUUCCUUUGGCAUCAAGGGCACCACGGGGUUCCUCCCCGCCGCGGCGUUCCCCGAGCGACCCCUGAUCCCUGGGGCUCUGCUGGACGUGGUUGUCACCUCCAAGAAAGCGGGAGGCCGCAUCACCGUGGACGCCGGAUCCGAGGCCGUCGCGGCCGCCAAGACCGAGGAGUGGAUCGGCAUGCACAUCGGCGCCCUGCUCCCCGGCUCACUGGUGGCCGCCACAGUGAGGGACGUGCUGUCAGACGGCGUGGUGCUCUCCUUCCUCACCUUCUUCUCCGGCACGGUGGACCCCUUCCACCUGAACGAGCCGGGGUCCGAUAAGAAACGUCCCCACAGCAAGAACCAGCGGGUAAAGGCCAGGAUCUUGUAUGUGGACCCGGAGUCCAAGAAGAUCGUGCUCACGAUGCAGCGCGGGCUGGUGGCCGGGCUGCUUCCGCCCGACUUCCCGGCCAUGGGACAGGUGUUUGCCGAGGCCACGGUCUUGCGGAUCGACCCCGGGCUAGGCCUGCUGUGCAGCCUGCCCUCCGCGGCGGGCCAGGUCACCUAUCCCCCGGGCUUUGCCCACAUCAGCAACACGUCGGAGGGCAGGGUGAAGAGCCUGGAGAAGGCCUUCACCGUCGGCCAGAAGGUCAGGGCCAGGGUCAUUGGGUUCAGGCCCCUGGACGGUCUUGCGGUGCUCACCCUGCGUCCCUCUGUGGUCGAGCAGUUGAUCCUCAGCCAUGCAGACCUGCACCCGGGGAUGCCGGUGACUGGGAAGGUGGCGGCCGUAGAAGAUUUCGGUCUGCUCCUGGAGAUCACCCCCAGCGUCAGGGCCCUUGUGCCUCUCAUUCACGGCUCGGAUGUGGGCACCAAGAAGGGCCUGCGCAAGCACAAGCUGGGGCAGUCAGUGUCCGGCAUCGUGCUUUCGGUGCAGCCAGGUGCGAAGAAGCUGUCCAUCACGCUGAAGCCCAGUCUGUUGGGGAGCAAGCUGCGGCGCAUCACCAGCCAACAGGAUGUGGUGGCGGGCAUGCGCAGCCACGGGACCAUCAGCGGCAUGACGGAGAAGGCCGUGUUUGUCGAGUUCUUCAACGGCGUGCGGGGCAUGGUCCCGCUCAAGGAGUGCGCCCUGACCCCGGAGCAGAAGCCGAGCGAUGCCUACGUCGUGGGCCAGGUGGUCAAAGCGCGAGUCCUGGGCGUCGAUGCCAAGGGGCGUGGCCUGAAGCUAAGCCUUGCAUCCACCAAGAAGCUGGCAGACGGCGAGAAGGCCGGGGCGGGUGGUGCAGGGGAGGCCAGCCCCAUCCCUGCGGCAGGCACCUUUGUGUACGGCAAGGUCCGGAAACUCAUCACCGGCGAGUCCGCCCAGGAGGGUGCAGAGGCUCCGCUCAAAACACUAGCCAUCGAGCUGCGUGCUGAGGCUGAUGUCGACAGCUCAGUGCUGAGGGGCAUAUAUGGUCGGCUGGAGAUUGCGCACCUCGCCGAUCACCCGUGCGCGGCGGCCGCGCUGGUGGAGAACCUGCGAGUGGGGCUCGAUCUCGGCAGGCUGCUGGUCCUGCGCGCGCCCGAGGCUGGUACGGAGCACAAGGCCCUGACGCUGACCCGCAAAGCAGCUCUGGUUGAGGCUGCUGCAGCUGGCAAGCUGCCGGCCACCCUGGAGGCGGCCAAGAAGGGCAGGGUGAUGCCCGGCUACAUUGCCAGCAUCACCAAGGACGCCGUGUUUGUCAGAUUCCUUGGGGCAUUGACGGCUCGAGUGGGCCUCAUACAGCUCAGCGAUGGGCAUGUGUCCGACCCCGCCGCCGUCUACUCCCCGGGUCAAACCAUCCGUGCAAAGGUGGUGGGCGUGGACGCGGCGAGCGGGCACGUCUCGGCGGAGCUGAAGCAGUCGACCUGUGCGAGCGCCCACGCAGAGUACCUGGCCAGCUACUUCAAGGACAUUGAGAUGGCCAGUUCGUGGGCAGAGGACCCCACCGACGUCGCCUGGGAGGAGCAGGUCCCCAUUGGGGGAGCAGUGCAAGGCAGCGUGCACGAGGUCAAGGACUACGGCACGCUGUGCGAUCUGGACGUGCACCCCGACAUUGUGGGCGUAGCAGCACCCCACCAGGUGGAAGGUGAGGCUGCCCAGGGCCCGGCGCCUGGCACCCGCAUCUCGGCCCUCGUCCUCGAUCGCAACCCCGCCGACGGCAUCGUGGACCUCAGCCUGCUUCCCAGGCUGACCGAGGCUGAGGCAGCGGCAAAGUCCGAACCCUCGGCAAAGAAGGGAAAGCGGAAGGGUGUGGAGGCUGCCAGCCCCAAGCAGCCCAAGCUCGGCGACCAGCUGGAGUGCGUCAUUGAGCUGGUGAAGGAGAGGGAAGGGUACUGCGUGGUCUCCCUGCCAGCCGGCUGCCAGCCGCGAAUCGGCUUCGUCCCCAGCCACGACUUCAAUUCCCGAGCGGAGGCUGUGUCCCGAACGCCAGGCGACAGCAUCGUCGCGAAGGUGGCCGCUCUGCCACACCCCAGCGCCCCCCGCCUCCUGCUCUCCGUCCCUCUGGCCACAACGACAUCAACCCCGGCCCCCGCCGGCGAGCAGGCCGAGAACCCCGAGGCCGAGGCCAAGCGCGCGCGCCUGGCAGCCCUGCCCAAGCCGGGGACAAUUCUCACCGCGCACGUCGAGGCCGUGCACGCCCUGCACGCCGACCUGGCGCUGGAUGGGGACUUUGCCGCGCGCCUGCACAUCACAAACGCCGAGCCGACAAUCGUCGAGGUGGGGACCUCCGACGCCGGCCCCGAGCCGUCGGCCGCCGGCGUCGACGUCCCUGCCGGCGCCCUCUCACCGCUGUCCAACCUGAAGCCCGGCGACAGCCUGCGCGUCGUGCUCGUGGCCGACGCAACCGCCGGGCUCGAGGCGGGGCAGUGGGUGCGUGCGCGGGUGACCGGCGCGUCGCCCGAGGCCGGCGGCCUGGCCACGCUCAGUCUGCGCCCCGCUUCGGGCGGAGAGUGCGCCGCGCACGCCGCGGCUCGGCCGCCCAUGCUGCCGGCCGGCGAGGAGCUGCCGGCCGGCGAGGAGCUGCCGGCGCCGCUGCCGCGCGGCGCCACGCCCGCCAGCCUGCUGCCCAACCAGCGCGUGGCGGGGUACGUGCGUGGCGCGGGUCCCGCGGGCGUCUUCCUGGCGCUGGGCCGCGCGCUGGACGGGCGGCUGCGCCUGUCCAAGCUGAACGCGGAGGGCAGCCGCGUGGAGGACGUGCAGGCCGCCUUCCCUGUGGGGCGGCUGGUGCUCGCCUCCGUCAUCCGCGUGCAGGAUGGGAAGGUGGAGCUUACACGCAAGGCGAGGAAAACGCGGCCGGAGCGGGACGUCGCCGCGCUGGGCCGGCUGGCGGUGGGCGACGCGGUCAAGGCCCUGGUCCGCAGGGUGGAGAAUUACGGCCUGAUCCUGGAUCUGGAGGGCGGCGCCUCGGGUCUGGCCCACAUAUCCCAGCUGGCGGAUACCCGGGUCAAGAACCCAGGGUCGCUCUUCUCUCCUGGUCAAAGCGUGCUCGCGCGCGUGCUCAAGAUCGAUCUGGAGAAGGGUCGCGUCUCGCUGGGCCUCAAGCCCUCAUACUUCGAGGGAGACCUGGCAGUGGCUGCCGAGCCUGACCAGGCCGAGGGAACGGAUGAUGAGGCGGCCCCCGCCUCCGACUUUGAGGACGAGUUGGCAGAAACCCAGGAUGCGUCUGCCGAGCUGGACAGCGAUGCCGAGGCGGCGCCCGGCGAUGAGGAGUUCUCCCUGGAUCUGGACGAAGAGCUCGAAGGCUCUGACGACGAAUGA